GUUUUUCUGUAACAAUUACCUGACUUCCGGUUGCUGGCUGCGCAGUUGGCUGGAGAACGAUAAUUUUCCCGGAGUUUAAGCUGGAUAAAGCAUCAAGUGACCAACACGCAGAGGAAAUAUAACCCUGAUGACUACAUGCAUUGGAAGGAAUAAAGACUCUGUGAACAUGAGAGAUUCCAUUCACAGCGUGCUGAGAUCAUUACCACGAGGGCUGACACUAGGGCCAUCUCUGGCCAUAGAUGGACAGCUGGGUUUGUGGUGUGUUGGGCAAGGGUUAGAGAAAGGCACUCUGCUAGGUCUGGGGGAACCUGCCAAAAUGCUCACAAAGGAAAGGUUGGAAGAGCAGGUAUUACAAAGUACAAGGCAGUCUGUAUUCAAAGGGCAACUUACAGAUGAACUGUAUUGGAUGAGUUAUGCCUGCAGUACUCAGAAUAAGGAAGAGAUGAAUGUCAGAUUGCUUGAGGUGGAUGAAAGGCCGUGUCUACAGGUCAGCCAAGACAUUAAACCAGGAAAAGAAUUGCUCCUCUGGGCAGAUCAACAAAAUCUCCUUCUUGAGCCCGUGAAGCCAGAAGAUAAAACAACAGCAAUGCAAAUAAAAGCCUGCAAACGUGGUCCACCAAAAAGAGAGCAAGAGGAAGCUCUGGCGGUGACCCCUUUAGAUCAGCCUGCAGGCUGUGCAUCAGAUCCUGUUCACAGUGUUUCAGAACAAAACACUGGUACGAAAGUCAUGCAAGAGGAUGCAAAACCUCAAAUUAAGAGAAAUAAACCUCGAAUCAAGAUGAAAAGGAAUGCAAAGGACCUUAAAACCUCGAGUUCCCAAAGGCAGAAUGGGAAAGAUGAGACACAUGAUGAGAAUAAAGAUGAGCAUGGAGAGGAGCUUAAUCUCAGAGAGGAGAUUGAAAACAGCAGUGAGUCUACAUUACAAGCCCUUUCAUCAGAACAGCUGGAGCCAGAGAGAAGCCUGAGAGCCAGCUCGCGCCUGGCAGCUAAACCAAGAAAAGUGCACUCAGACGAACAUACCUUCGAAUUUCAAUCACCUAAAAAGAAGUUACGCCGCACAAAAAAGCUUUCAAAUAAAGGUGAGAGAAGUGACAACCAUAAAGCCAGUCAAGAAUCUCAGGAUCUCCUUUUCCUCAGUAUACGAGAGAAGAGAUACAAAUGUGACCAAUGUGACAAGCGUUUCUUUCAGUUGUGUCAUCUAAAGAAACACAAAUUUACACAUCAAGAUCAGAAGCCAUACAUGUGCACUGAAUGUGGUAAAGGCUACAGCUCACAGGAAAGCUUCCAAGCCCACCUGCUAAUGCACCGAGGUCAGAAGCCCUUUAAAUGCCAACACUGUGACAAAAGCUACGGCUUAAAACGUGACCUCAAAGACCAUCAGGUGCUCCACACGGGUGAAAAACCGUUUGUCUGUGACAUCUGUGGAAAAGCUUUUGUGCGACGAGCCUCGCUGCGCGUCCACACAGAAGUUCAUCGAAGCAAAGCGCCUGACUACCAGGUUACUAAGUUCAAGUGCCCAGAAUGCAAUAAAGAACUGGCCAAUCCUGCUUCUUUGAGGAACCACAUGCGACUGCACAGUGGAGAACGGCCGUACGUCUGCCAGCACUGCAACAAGAGCUUUCGGCAACGUGGGAAUCUGCAGGGACACUUGCGCAUUCACACUGGAGAGAAACCUUACAAGUGCAAAAACUGUGACCAGCGCUUUUCUCAGCUGCCGGAACUGCGCAGACAUCUGAUUGUACACACGGGUGAGCUGUAUCUGUGUCCCGUGUGCGGUAAGGCUUUACGGGACCCUCAGACACUAAGGGCCCAUGAACGCCUGCACACAGGAGACAGGCCCUAUAAAUGUGAACAAUGUGGGAAAGGGUACACGAUGGCAUCCAAGCUGCGGCGCCACUUGAAUACUCAUCUUGGGGAGAAGCCAUACCAGUGCCACGUGUGUGGAGUUAAAUACACAAUGAUGCAGAGUCUUCAGAGGCACAUGAAGUCACACAAGCACCACGCCGGCCAAUUGUUGCUAAAGCAUGGUCGACCCAAAGUGUCAGGAGGUAAAGCAUUGAAGAGCAAGCCUGGGAAGAGUGACGUCGUCGGAUCGGAGGUGGGACAGGCUGUGGCGUACAUUCAACCCCCUCAGGACUUCACAAUAGUGUCUCAUCCCGAAAGUGUCGUUUUGGACUCUGGAGUUUACCAUCAUGGCUCAAUAGUUUUGGGAAAGGGAGUUGAGAAGGGGCUUGAACAAAUUGAGUUCAGUGAGAAUAUUUUUGAAAUUGUUGUCCCGGAAAGCAAUGCUCAGUGUGUGGUAGUACAAGAACAGCCUUCGAAUGUCAAAUGUAUAGAGGUACAGGAAUACAAUGAUUUAGUUGUCCAGGACAACAAUCCCAAUGACAACUGUAUUGUAGUUUCAGAAGAGGAUGUUAAUAAUGGUUUGGUCAUAUUACAAGGUCAGGAUGAUUUAAGCUCAGUAGCUGAAACUGUAGAAAUAGAAACAGGGGUGUAACAGUAAAGACUUCAGUUUCAAAUUUGAUAUUUAUUUAUUGAUAUUGUAACAACAAAACAACUACAAUGACUGAAACAAUCAUUUCACACCUAUGUCAAAUAAACUUGUCAGCUCUUUUGAAUUAA